AUGAUGACUAUAUCCCGCUAUAAGCUUUUUACAUUGAUCGUAUGCCCUGCUACGCUGCUCUUGGGACAUCUUCUGUCCUACUGGUUCCCCGAUGAUUUACAAUACCGCAUUAAUAAGGAUGGUUUGUUGAACUCUUUCUUUGUUAAGAGAGGUUGGUUCUGGACUUCUGCUAUAGGCUGGUGGUGCAUGAUCCGGUACCGCUCCUUCAACCGUCAAAACCAUCAUUCAUUGGUGCGGUAUGCAAUUCUAACCAUCUGGUGGUAUAUGUUCACUCAGAGUCUGUGGUUCGGUAGUGCACCUAUCAUGGAUCUCAUCUUCACCCUUACCGGCGGAAGUUGUAAAUUUGAUGUAUUUGAUGAACGGGGGAGACUUAGUAGUUUGUUCCAUGAUACUUUUCCUAGAAGAAUCCGUUCUCUCGAGAGAAUCUACCAUUUGUUGAAGAAAAAACCAGCCCAUGAUGAAUUAUUGGAACAAUCUCUCAAUUCUAUCAGAUGCGCCAUGAAUGGAACAGAGUGCCAUAGGGAACUUGCCAAGUCGGUGGUCCCCACAGAUUUAAACCACUAUAUUCAUGAUUCACUAUUCUCGGGCGUUACUCGCAAUAGUUCGGCAGUUUGCCGAACGUUGGGAGGUUACUGGGUAGGUGGUCAUGAUCCAUCGGGUCACAUUUUCUUGAUCACAUUGAUGAUCAUGUACUUGCUGGGAGAACUGCACAUAUUUGGUAAGAGGGCUUUCUCGAGGAUCCUGAGAGAGAAAAAUAUGUCUUUCAAGCCGUUCAUCGAUCUAUUUGAUAAUGGAGCCAUUUGGAACGUGCUCAGCAAAAAACCAGAAACUUAUUCACAGCUCUUUUUCAUGACAGUGGUUCAGCCCCCGUUAACCUUUGCCAACAGCUUUACAGUUUUUUCAUUGCAACUUAUAAAAUUCGUGGUAUUAGAAAAUCCCGUUAUCCUGCUUGUCGGACUAUUCUUAAUGUGGUGGUGGAGUUUCCUCGUUACAUCGGUAGUAUUCCAUACGCUAUCCGAACAGGUAUCGGGACUGGCCUUUGCAUACUUGGUCGCUGGCGUCAUCUACUGGAACGACCAUUGGUUCAUUCGCAACGCCAUGCACUGA